CUCAGGGGGCACAUGCCUCAGGAGUGCUGUUUAACAUCCCGACCUUAGACCUGAGCCCCGCAGAAACACAAACAUCGAAGGGACUUCUAGCAUUCCCGCCCCAGUCUCCAACUCCAACAUCAUCGUGUCCCGCGGAGGGCGUGACGACCCUCAGCCACCCUGACCGCUGUGAGGCUUUCUACGAAUGUGUUGAGGGCGUGCGGGAGUUGAAGGAGUGUCCCGCAGGGCUGCACUACAACCCCGUCCUUGUCAACACCGCUGCGGCCGACCCAUGUGAUCGGCCCUCUAACCUGCAGUUCGCUAGACAGAUUCAGUGCUCUCUUCAGUGCAUGGAACGCCUGCCUCCCUCCACCACCCCUGCAGCACCGGCAGCACCACCCCCGGAGUGCCUCGGGAGAUUCCCGCACCACCUCCCUAACGAAGGCGACAACUCGUGCCGCGGCUUCUUUGAGUGUCGCGACGGUUUGGCUUUGUACCGCCGUUGCCCUGACGAGCUGAUGUACAACGCCCACGCUGCACCCGCCCACUUCCCUUGCGACUACCCCGAGAAUGUCUCCUGCGGUACCCCUGCCCCCCAGCUGACACAGACGCAGAUGCACCCAUGGAUGUACCCUCCUCCGGCACGGCGCCAGCAGUACAGGUCAAGAGACGACCCCACAGUGUUCAACUUUUACUCGUAUGUGACCCACCACUGGUAGGCCCGCCACGGCGCCACCGUCCUGAGCCGCCCCAGAUUGGCAUACGCGUCAGCAGCAUGGUGCCCACUCCCCACGAAGGAAGAAAUAUGUAAACAAGAUCAGGAGAAUGCGAAGUAGCAACCGGGAUGGUCAUAGAUUAUACAAACAAAGAAUUGCCUCCAAAUCUUAAAUUUUAAGUUGGUAAUGAAAACAGUCACCUUAAUUAAUUAAUAUUCUGAGGCACUUGAUUUUAUGCUUUCAAUCAGCGUUGCUAGAAAAGGGGAGGCUGUUACCAUAGACUUUUAUAUAUGUAACCCUUAAAUUGAUUGGUAUGAAUUUAAAAUUUAGCACUUGUUAGACCUUAUUGAAGAGCUUAUAAAUGGAUAUUGAUAUUUCUUAAGUAGCAAAUUCAUAAUCAAAAAGUCAAUCAGGUCUUAAAAUUUUGUAGAAAGAAGUGAUAUACAGCAGAAUUUGUAAAAUGAAGUUAUUAUAUG